AUGCUCAACCUCAAGAACAAAGUAGCUCUCGUUAUCGGCCUCGGUCAAACAAACACCGAAGGCUGGGGCAUCGGUGCAGCAAGCGCCGUAACCCUGGCACGACAAGGAGCCAUCAUCUUUGGCGGCAACAGAACAAUCGCUUCAACUACAAAGACAAAACAAACCAUCCAAGAACAAGGCGGUCAAUGCGAUGUCGUCGCCACAGACGCUACAGACUCUGCAUCCGUCAAGGCUCUCGUCGACGCUUGCAUGGAAAAACAUGGAAGGAUUGAUAUCCUGUUAACAAGCGUUGGUCAAUCUCAACCAGGAGAUCCUGCAUCCAUGACAGAAGACGUAUGGGAUUCGCAGAUGGAUAUUAAUCUCAAAAGCGUGUAUCUUGCAUGUCACCAUGUUCUUCCCAUUAUGGAAUCACAGGGAAGUGGUUCAAUUAUUUGCAUCUCCAGCAUCGCCGGUCUUCGAUACAUUGGCAAGCCGCAGGUAGCGUACAACACGAGCAAAGCGGCAAUACUACAAUUCGUCAAAGCUACGGCAGUUAUAUACGCGCCAAAGGGUGUACGGCUCAACGCUGUUGUUCCGGGACUCAUGGAUACGCCUUACACAAAGAGUCUGGCGCAAAGAUUUGCGGCACCAGGGGGUUAUGAUGAGUUUUGUAGCAUGAGGGAGGGACAGGUUCCUAUGGGGAGGAUGGGGGAUGCAUGGGAUGUUGCUAAUGCGGUGGUGUUUCUGGCGGCGGAUGAGACGAGGUAUAUCACGGGACAAAAGAUUGUUGUUGAUGGGGGGAUCACUUCAUCUACGGGGCGGACUUGA